AUGAUAGGAUCGAAUAAUGAUUUAAAUGAAUGCCUAUCAAAUAAAAAUAAAGGAUGGAAUUUUUUAUAUGAGACAAUAGUAAAGGCUUCAUCAAAUGCAUCAAUGAAAUAUGAAAAUACAUUAAUAAAUAAGGAUCUACCAGAUUUACAAUCUUUUAACCGUUUUAGUUUUACAUUAUCAUCAACUGGAAAUAUACCUAGAGAAGAACUAGAAGUUGCUCAGAAAUUGUUAAAAAUUUGUAAUUUAAGAGAUGAGUAUAUAAAAAAUUUUACUGAUAUUGAUACAUCAGUGAUUGAAGAUGCGGUAGUAUCAGAAUGUUACAAAAAAAAACAUCCAGAUCAAUUUGAAUCUGCUGAGCCUAUUUAUAAUCCUUAUAAUGUUACCAUUUUAAAAAAAUGUAAUGCUUUUAUUAAUUUUGUUGAUGGUAUUUUUUUUGUUCAUUGGGAUCCAGAUAUUGACCAAGGACCUAUAAGUAAAGAAGAAUGCAAUGAAUCAAAUAAAUUAAAAGGACAUAAAUCUAUAAAAUCAACUGAAGAAUAUUUAUCAUCUAUUCAAUUAAUAAUGGUAGCUGUACAGGAUCCCGCAUGUAAAAGUUUUUGUUAUCAGAGAUUAAAGUACUUAGAACAAAAAUUUGAUUUUCAUAUUAUGUUUAAUGGAUCUUUAGAAUUAGGAGAGGCAAAAAAUAUAAAACAUCGUGAUUUUUAUAAUAUAAGAAAAGUAGAUACACAUGUUCAUCAUUCUGCAUGUAUGCAACAAAAAGUAUUAUUAAGAUUUAUAAGAGAAAAGUAUAAAACAGAACCAAAUACAAUAGUUUAUGUAAAUGAAGAAGGAGAAAAAAUGACUUUAAAACAAAUUUUUGAUAAAGAGUUAAAAAGUUCCGCUUAUGAAGCCACAGUUGAUAGUUUAGCAGUUAAUGCAUUAGGAAAUUGUUUUCAUAGAUUUGAUCUAUUUAAUCAAAAAUAUAAUCCAUUUGGUCAAAAGUUAUUAAGAGAUAUUUUUUUAAAAACAGACAAUUAUAUAGAAGGUAGAUAUUUAGCAGAAAUUACAAAACAAGAAAUAGAAAAAUUAGAGAAUUCUAAAUAUCAACAUGUAGAAUGGCGUAUAUCUAUUUAUGGUAAAAAUAAAAAUGAAUGGUUGAAAUUAGCAAAGUGGGUUUUAGUUAAUAAAUUAAGUAGUAUAAGAGUACGAUGGGUUAUUCAAGUACCAAGAUUAUAUCAUAUAUAUAAAAAAAUGAAAUUAAUUAAUACAUUUGGUGAUUUUUUAAGAAAUGUUUUUGAACCAUGUUUUGAAGCAGUAAAAAAUCCAGAAGAAAACAAAGAAAUUUUUACUUUUUUACAUCAAGUAGUUGCAUGGGAUAGUGUGGAUGAUGAAUCUGUUGUUUCAAAAUAUACAGUGAAAGGGGGUGAAUUACCAACACCUGAUAAUUAUACUAGUGAUAAUAAUCCACCUUAUUCUUAUUACGCAUAUUAUAUGUAUGCAAAUAUUAGAACAUUAAAUGAAUUUAUGGUUCUCAGAAAAUUAAGACCAUUGGCAUUCAGACCGCAUUGUGGUGAAACAGGAAACAUAAGUCAUUUAGCCACUAUGUUUUUAUUAGCUGAUAAAAUAAAUCAUGGAAUAAAUUUAAGAAAAUCUCCUGUUUUAUUAUACUUAUAUUAUCUAAAGCAGAUUGGAUUAGCAAUUUCUCCUUUAUCAAAUAAUGCCUUAUUUUUGCAAAUAGAAAAAAAUCCUUUUAAAAACUUUUUUAAAAUAGGUUUGAAUGUAUCUUUAUCAACAGACGAUCCUUUAAUGUUUCAUUUCACAGAUGAACCAUUAUUAGAGGAAUAUUCUAUAUGUGCACAUAUGUGGAAGUUAAGUACUGUAGAUUUAAGUGAAAUUGCAAGAAAUUCAGUCAUUCAGAGUGGAUUUGAACCAGCUUUUAAAAAACAUUGGUUAGGGGUCCAUUUAGAUGAAUCUUUAAAUUUUCAUAAUAAUCCAGAAAAAACGAAUAUAGCUAAUACUAGAAUGAUAUAUAGGAAAAAUACAUUAGAAGAAGAAAAUAAGAACAUCAAGAGACUUGUUAAUUUUACAGAAAAAUUAUUAUAA